AUGUCAACAACAGAGAACACAACAACAGUUAUAGUCCAUGAAGCUAUAAAUGAAGAAUACGAGUACAUACAGUUUAACAAACAACUCCGUCUCAUUCGUUCGGUCAAAGACGAUAUGUACCAAAUGCAAAGUAUUUUGACAGCAUGUUUUGCUCCAGAUACUAAGAAACCACAAGACUGGUUUAGGAACCAAAGCACACAAGAACUUUUGAGCGAAGCACAGCGAGACAUACUUUUUUCUGAAAACAGUGAAGAACAGCGAGUAAGUAAAAAACCGCAGUCGCCAAAACUCUAUGAAAAUCGUGAAAAAUUGCCAAACGGUUUGAGAGGAUAUUAUGUACAUAGACUUCUUGUAAAUGCUGUUGCAAUGUGGGCUUCGCCUCGUUAUGCUUGGUAUAUUUACAGACUUCUUGACGAAAUUCAUAGACAAGAACGUGAAGAGAUGGAAAACAAGCUUGAAGCAAAAGACAAAAGCAUUCAGAAAAGAAUACCACGUUCGGUACCAAAAGGAAAGGAAAAGAACUAUAAGUAUAUGAUUUAUACUGAAGAGAUGGAGAAAGAAGAAGAUAAAGAUAUGGUUAUGUUGCAUUUAGUCAGAAGAAACAACAAAAGCUUUUACGACCUUGCUAAGAUUUACAAAUCUGACAGAAAUUG